AUGACUAUCACGAAAUCAGCUCUGAUCGCCGCUGAAGAUAGGUCUGAAGUAAUUCCAGAUCGAAUAUCGAAAAGGCGUCAAUCGGCCAACGUCGGCAGCAUCAUUGGUACGUUGUGUUAUUCCAUGUCGGCCUCUAUUACUAAAAAUGCCUCCACGUCUGCUGUUUCUAAAAGUGGCAGCAUGCCUCCUAGCGAUGCAGCGAAGACCGAUGUGAUGAAGAUGCCAUGGACAGACGCCUGGGAAACGAUUCGUGUGAAAGUGCAACGGAUAUUCGGCAACCAUGAGACUCUUCGAGAAGACCAAAGUGUUUCUGGAGACGAUAGAAAUCAUGGAAACGACAUGGCCUCCAAUUCUCGAUCACUACACACCGACUAUACGGAAUUGAUGGGUGGCAGUGUGCCAUGUCCAUCCUGCAAAGGAACCGGUCGAAUUCCGAAAGAAAUGGAAGAAACGCUCGUUGCACUGAUUCCUUUGAACGAUGAUCGUUUGAAACCGAAGCGGACUUGGUUCUGGGUGCUAAUAGGAAUUGCGGUGUGUGCUUUGCUUGCUUCUGGUGCGAUAUUUAUGCUGGUACCACGUUCUGUCGAUUUAUACAGUGAUAGACCUGCAAUCAAUAUUAUUCAUGUAACUGAACACAAGCAACUACCACCAACUAUACGUUUCCAUUUCAUGAAUUACGUGAACAUAUCAAAUGCGAACUACUACGUUGUACAAGUUGUGAACACGUCGGCAACGAUUAUCUCGAAGUUCCAACCGUGGUCAAGUGAUGUGAUUGGCUCUGGAAUGAAUUCAACAACGAUAGCUAUUGCUCCACUCAGCAGUCGGAACAACAUGCUAAUGUUCAAUAACUCUGUUACGCUUACCGACGUUGUAGCGGAGUACUGUCAAGCACCGUUUUCACGACUCACUUCUCUCUACGUCAACAUGCAGUUCGACAUUGUAGUCUCUUUGAUAUACUUCAACCACCGCGAGCAGGUGUCACUUUCUACGACGCAGCAAGUGUGCUGCGUUCCAUCCGAAGAGUUGGAAAAUGUAGAUGCCACAGUAGAGACGGAAGAUGGCGACAAGGUCGUGGAAGUGGAAAAAGAACAGCAAGAAGAAAAUGACGACGAUGACAUGAUCAGUAUAGCAUCAAGUGAUUUAUCGAUGGCUGACGAAGCGUGCGAUAAUUCGGAUGAUGCAGAAGAGGCAGAGCAAACUGAUGAAGUAAUCGAGUGUGACAGUUACGAUCCUGUGGAAGAUUUCGAUCCCGACUCUUUGAAACCUGCACCAACGAAGGUAUUCGUCAUUUGA